AUGUUCUCAAAACCGACAACUUUAUCAAGAAUAACACAAGAUAAUGCACUUAGAAAGAUAUUAUCUCGUCGUCUAGAUUGUAGUAGAAUGGCUACAUGGCAAACACACAAUUGUUGUAAUUCAACUAAUAUAAAUGUAAAUAAUCCAUUAAUAUGUAAUUCAAACGGAAUUAUUUCAACACAAACUAAUACUCUAUUUGGAGAAGUUAAUCAUGUUCAUCAAUUAUCAGAAGAUAUCGGUAAUUUAUUUAAUCAAGAAGAAUAUAGUGAUAUAUCACUUAUUGUUGAAAAUGUAUCAUUUUAUGCACAUCGUGUUAUACUCGCUUCUCGUAGUCAAUACUUUCGUGCCUUACUUUAUGGUGGUUUACGUGAAUCACAAAUAUCAAAUCGUACAAUUGAAAUAAAAGAAUGUAAAGCAGCUGCAUUUCAAACAUUAUUGUUAUACAUUUAUACAGGAAAAGUAAAUUUAAUUAAAGAAAAAGAAGAUACAUUACUUGAUUUAUUAGGUCUUGUUCAUCAAUAUGGUUUUGAACAAUUAGAAAUAAGUGUAUCAAAUUAUUUAAAAUCAAUAUUAUCAUUAAAAAAUGUUUGUAUGAUUUAUGAUACGGCUUGUUUGUACAAUUUAAAUACAUUAAGAUUAAAAUGUGCGCAAUUCAUCGAUUGUAAUGCACGUGAAAUUAUUAAAAGCGAACAAUUUCUUACUCUAUCAGCCGAAGCGUUUAGUUCAAUUAUAUCUCGUGAUUCAUUUUAUUGUCCGGAAAUUGAUAUAUUUCAUGCUGUUAAAAGUUGGCAUCGAAAUCAUUCUUUGACAAAACCAUUGACCGACCUAACAAGUAAAGUGCGAUUAACAUUAAUGUCAAUGCAUGAACUGUUAAAAAGUGUUCGUUAUUCAAAUUUAUUUGACUUAAAUAUUCUUAUGGACGCAAUUGAUAUUGUUAAUGACGAAUCAGUAAUAACAACCACAACGACAACAACAACAACAACAGAUACAGCGAAUAUAAAUGGCAGCACCACUCAGGGGCAAGUGAAAAAUAAUGUCGUUACAAAUGUCGUAUCUACAAAAACAACAAGAGAAAAAAAUUAUCGUCCAGAAGAAAAUAUUGCCACGAAAGCUUUUCAUGCUCAAGUUGUCGAAGGAGAAAUGAAACAUGCCCUUCUCGAUGGUGAAAUAACCAAUUAUGAUCUUGAUCGCGGCUUUACACGUCAUUUAAUCGAUGAUCAUCAUGAAAUUGUUGUCAAAUUAGGUGAACCAUCUAUCUUCAAUCAUAUCAAAUUAUUACUUUGGGAUAGAGAUGCUCGUUCUUAUUCAUAUUACAUUGAAGUAUCAACGGAUGAUGUAACAUGGACGAGAAUAAUUGAUUAUCGUUCGUACCUAUGUCGAUCAUGGCAAAAACUAUAUUUUCCAGCUGUUGUUGCAACAUCAAUUCGUAUUGUUGGUACUCACAAUACAGUAAACAAAGUAUUUCAUCUUGUUUCAAUGGAAGUCUAUUAUACGUACAAACCAUUCGCUUUGAUUGGACAUUUACUUGGUAUUCCAAAAGAUAAUGUGGCUACAAUUGAAGCAAGUGCUGUGGUACCUGAAGGAGUUAGUAGACAACGAAAUGCCUUAAUCAAUGGCGAUUAUGAACAUUAUGAUUGGGAUUCUGGAUACACUUGUCAUCAACUUGGUAGUGGAGGAAUUGUUGUACAAUUAUCACAACCAUAUGUUGUCAGUUCAAUGAGAAUACUUCUAUGGGAUGUGGAUAAUCGAUCGUAUGGUUAUUACAUAGAAACAUCUACGGAUAAUACCAACUGGAGUAUGAUUGUUGAUAAACGAAAUGAAGAUUGCAAAUCAUGGGAAAUUUUGACAUUUUCACCACGUGCCGUGGUGUUUAUUCGCAUUAUUGGCACACAUAAUACGGCCAAUGAAGUAUUUCAUUGUGUCCAUUUUGAAUGUCCAUGUAAACCGGACGUAUUAAAAGCAUACAUGAAAGAUCGAUCUAUAUUAUCAUCGAAUGAAAAAAUAUUACGUUCAUUAGCAUUAAAAAAUAUUGAUAAUACAUCAUCGAAUGAGAAUACAAAAGACGAACAUCCAGUACAUCGUACAACCUACGAUGAAUUUUAUACUUAUUAUUCAUUAUUAAUUGAAGAUGUAAAUGAACGAGAAGAAAAUAAUUUAACACCACACUCUACUCUACCAUUUACAAUUAAAAUUCCGUCGUCUGAACUUUAUUCUUUGUCAUCAUCGAUUGAACAAGAAUCUCAAAUAACCGACGAAUUUCCACCGACACCAUCGGUAUCUUAUGCGGCGGCGGCAACAUCAUUAUGA